AUGCCGAGCCAUCGUAACUACGAUUUCCUGAUCAAGCUGCUGCUAAUAGGCGACUCUGGCGUUGGCAAGUCCUGCUGUCUGCUGCGCUUCAGCGAAGAUUCCUUCACCCCAUCCUUCAUCACCACCAUCGGUAUCGACUUCAAGAUCCGAACCAUUGAACUCGACGGCAAGCGUGUCAAGUUGCAGAUUUGGGAUACCGCUGGUCAGGAGCGGUUCCGCACCAUCACCACUGCCUACUACCGCGGUGCCAUGGGCAUUCUGCUGGUCUACGACGUAACCGACGAGCGAUCAUUCAACAAUAUCCGAACAUGGUUUCAAAACGUCGAGCAACACGCUACCGAAGGUGUCAACAAGAUCCUGAUUGGCAACAAGUGCGAUUGGGAAGAUAAGCGCGUGAUAUCGACAGAACAAGGCCAGGCCCUUGCAGACGAGCUGGGCAUCCCGUUCCUCGAGGUUUCGGCAAAGAGCAACAUCAACAUUGACAAGGCAUUCUACAGCCUGGCCGCAGAUAUCAAGAAGCGACUCAUCGACAACUCCAAGAACGACCAAGCGGCUGGCACCGGCGUCAAUGUCGGGGAUAAGACCGAGGGUGGUGCCAGCAAGUGCUGUUAA